AUGCCGGUGAUGAGGAACGACAGUCUUGGAGAAGGUUUCAUGCUAAUGGGCUUCUCUGAUCAGCCACAGCUAGAAAUGAUUUUAUUUGUGGUUGUCUUGACCUCCUAUCUCCUGACCCUGGUGGGGAACACCAUUAUCAUUGUGGUGUCACAUCUGGACCCCAGGCUCCACACACCCCUAUACUUCUUCCUCUCACAUCUCUCCUUUGUGGACCUCUGCUUCACCACCAGCAUCGUCCCCCAACUAUUAUGGAACUUGUGGGGGCCAUCUAAGGCCAUCACUGUUGUGGGCUGUGCCAUCCAGCUCUAUGUCUCCCUGGCCCUGGGCUCAGCUGAGUGCGUCCUCCUCACUAUCAUGGCUUUUGACCGCUACGCUGCUGUCUGUCGGCCCCUCCACUACAAGUCCAUCAUGCACCCACGGUUCUGCCAUGCUCUGGCAGCUGUAGCAUGGAUUAGUGGCCUGGGAAACAGUGUGAUUCAGAGUACCAUCACUCUCCAGAUUCCCCGCUGUGGGCACCAGCACCUUGCUCACUUUAUCUGUGAAGUGCCUGCUCUGAUCAAGCUGGCAUGUGUGGACACAAAAGCCAAUGAGAUCCAGCUCUUCAUGGCCACUUUGGUCCUGCUCCUUCUGCCCAUGAGCCUGAUCAUGCUAUCCUAUGGGUUGAUUGCCCGGACCGUGCUGAGAAUCAAGUCAACCCAGGCCUGGCGGAAAGCCCUGGGCACCUGCGGGUCCCACUUGCUGGUGGUGACUCUCUUCUUCGGCAUGAGCUCGAUCAUUUACAUCCAGCCCAACAGCUCUUUCUCCAAGACUUCAGGAAAGUUUCUGACCCUCUUUUACACCGUGGUUACCCCCACACUCAAUCCACUCAUCUACACCCUGAGGAACAAGGACAUGAUGGGGGCAGUGAGGAGGCUGUUGUCGAAAGACUGCCAUUGGAUGGAAACUUGA